GAGUUAUUUUAGGAGGAUACUUUCAUUGUCGUGUCACCGGCGGACGGUGGUGAUGGCGAGAUGGACGGUAUAUAAGCCACCCUGGGGUGUUCACUACCAUGUUAGGACUGAAGCAUACAGACUGGAUUAAAGAUGCCAAACUGGGGAGGGGGUGCCAAGUGUGCAGCCUGUGAGAAGACGGUGUACCACGCUGAGGAGAUCCAGUGCAACGGCCGGAGCUUCCACAAGAUCUGUUUCAUCUGCAUGAGCUGCAGAAAGGGGCUUGACAGCACCACAGUCGCAGCACACGAGUCUGAGAUUUACUGCAAGUCCUGCUACGGCAAGAAAUAUGGGCCUAAAGGCUACGGAUACGGGCAAGGAGCUGGAGCUCUGAGCUCCGAUCCUCCUGGACAGAACGCACACCUGCAGUCUCAUGACUCUAAACCAAGCCCUUCUGCAACAAACUCAAAUCCAAACAAAUCCUCCCAGAAGUUCGGAGGGUCAGAUCGCUGCCCUCGCUGCUCCAAAGCCGUCUACGCUGCGGAGAAGGUGAUGGGAGCGGGAAAGCCCUGGCAUAAAACCUGUUUCCGCUGUGCUCUGUGUGGUAAAAGCCUGGAGUCGACCACAGUGACAGACAAGGAUGGAGAGCUGUACUGUAAAGUUUGCUACGCCAAAAACUUCGGCCCAAAAGGAUUUGGACUGGGGAACGCCGCCAUGUUGGAGGAACGAGAGUGAACAACGUCUGCUUUUAAAAACCUCACUCACUCUCAUUUAGUUACACCGCACCUGUUUCCAUUCGGACUCACCUCCUCAGGCUGAUUCUUUGUGAGGAGUAUCAAAAUUCUGUGUAACUGUGAUCUAUUAUCUUACUUACAGCAGAACAACUGGAUAAUUGUUGCAUGACACACGGUUCAUGGUAAAUUCUGAAUCCACAAUAAAAACCGUUUUGAUACUUUAA